AUGACCAAGUCUCGCCCCUCAGACGUCAUCUUCCUCAGCUGCCCACGGACACUGUCGAAUCUCCUCGUCAAGCUGCUCUCGGAGCAGGAGGGCUGGGAGGAGUCGGGCUACUACCUGCAUAAUGCCUACCUCUACGGACAGGAGCAGUUCAACCAGUCGGCCGACGCCGAGGCACCACUGGAGACGCGCAAGGAGUUUGUCAGGCAGCUCCGGGAAGGCUUUGCCAAGAUGGAGGCUGCCCGCGGGACGGCUCACAGUAACGGCAACGCCUUGUUCCUCAAGAGCCACGUCGCGCAGAUCUGGGAGCCGUCCACGCUCUUCGAAGCCACCAAGGGCGGUGAGUACGCCGCCGAGUUCACCCUCUCCGACGAGCCGCCGGCCGCGCCGCGCACCAACCCGACGAUGCUGACCGACGAGUUCCUGCUGUCCUUUGUGCCCGUGUUCCUGGUGCGGCACCCCGCGCUGAUGGUGGACUCGUGGUGGCGCACCGAGACGCGCGCCGGCAGCCCGCCCGACUUGACGCUGACGACACGCCAGCGCGGCCACGGGCUGGGCCUCGCGCGGCAGCUGUACGACUGGUACGCGGCGCUGGGGGCCGCGUCCGACGACGACGGGGCGCUGGCGCCGGGCAGCAGGGCGGUGCCGAUCGUGGUCGACGCCGACGACAUCCUGGAAGGGGACACGGUGCACAGGCUGGCGGAGACGGUGGGUAUGGACCCCGCGCAGGUGCUGGAGAGCUGGGAGGCCAAGUCGACCGAGGGCCUGGUCCCGAUGCACAAGAGCUACGUGCAGGGCAUAUGGGAGUCGACGGGCAUCGACAAGUCCAAGAGCGCCAGGUUUAUGGACCUCGAGGCCAAGUACAGGGGCUGGCGCGAGCUGUACGGCGACGAGGUGGGCAAUGCCAUGGCCAAGGUGACGGAGAGCUACAUGCCCGACUAUGAGUACCUCAAAAGCAAGAAAAUGUAA